CCAGGAUAUAGUAUCUUUCUGUUAUAAGCGUUAAUUUGUCAAACUUUACACAAUUGCUUUGGUUUUUUAUCGGUAUCCCGCUGUGUUGUAUUAUACAGCAAGACUGCUCCCAUAAAGACGUUAGCAUACGGAGUGUUUACUCGUUUCCCUAUAUACGCCAGCGUCCGAGGUUUAUUGACUGACUAGUGGUGGAAGCUGAAUGUUUCCAAGGUGCAUAGAUUUGCAAAUAUUAGAAAUUUGGUUACAGGAAUCGAUUGCUAUGAGAAGGCCCGUGUAAACGCUGGUAACUGGCAUCCAGGCAGUUCGUCUUUCGACAGGGGGUUUUAAUUUAGUCCUGCAUUGUGCACUUAUUUUCAAUUUUUGCACCUGAAAUCUGAUGUAAUAACAAAGGACUGUACAAUACGUCAUCAAUUUUGUGCCUGUUGAUGCCACGUGAUGAAGUGUUUGAUGAUGGUGUCAGAUCACUGCAGUUUAUUCCUGGUACAACCAAAGAUAAAAAUACGUCAUAUAAUUCAGAAAUCAGAGGGAUAAUUAGUGCACUGGUUGUUAAACUCUUACAUUAGUGAACUCUACAGGAAGAAAUAACUGAGUGCAAAUUUGCCAUACGUCUUCUUUAAUACAUGCUUAAAAAUGGCUUUGGUUAGAGUGUUGGUCUGUUUGUUUGUUUGCAACAGAAUUGUAACUGGAAGCAAUUCGAAGUCUCUCAAAGACUUUUCAAGAACUGAGCAGUUGGCCCUGAUCGAACAGAAGAUAGGUAAUUCGCCGCCAAAUUUUAACGACGACUUUGCAACAAAAGUAGAAUGUCAGCUUGCCAUCGACAGUUUCGAUUCCAUUAAUGAAGUAGAUAUGGACUUUACAGUGAGUAUAAUGCUACACUUGAGUUGGCUGGACGCCAGAUUUACGGUGUGGACUUCCGGUAAUGAGGAUAUUGUUUUGGAGUUUGACUCUAAGAGACUUGACAACAUAUGGACCCCUGACUUGUUUUUUCCUAAUGAGAAAAAAGCAUUUAUCCACCAAGUGUUCAUGCCAAAUAAAAUGUUACGUGUGUACAGUGGAGGCAAAGUCUCUUACACUGUCAGACUGUCACUAACCCUUAGUUGUCCAAUGGAUUUAAGAAACUAUCCCUUCGACAAACAAGUCUGCAGGAUAGAAAUGGAGAGUUUCAGCUACAACGAAGAUAACAUUAUUUUGGAGUGGGCAGGGAUGGAAAAACCCGGAAAUGAAAGCCAUCCCGGCCUGGUUAACGUGACUCAGAGGGUCGAGAUACCUGUGGAGAUCAGUGACAACAUAGAAAUGAAUCAGUUCCGGGUCGUUGAAAAGCACACACUCAAGACUCUUAACGAACGUAGAGGGGCAGGAAAUCAUAGCCUCCUUCAAGCCGAGUUUCACCUAGUGAGAGACAUAGGAUACUACCUGGUUCAAAUGUACAUUCCCAGCAUGCUUAUCGUCAUGUUGUCCUGGAUCUCUUUUUGGCUUAAUGUGAAUGCCGUGCCCGGGCGGAUUUCCCUGGGUGUGUUGACUGUACUGACAAUGACGCAACAGAGUUCUACAGUUAAUGCCACCCUUCCCCGUGUCUCAUAUACUAAAGCCAUUGAUAUCUGGAUGUCCUCGUGUUUAGUUUUCGUGUUUGCGGCUCUCAUUGAGUUCGCUGUCGCCAAUGUGCUAGCUAGAAAGGACAGCAACAAAGGAUUCAGUUUCAAAAAAAUGUUUCUCCUACCAACUCUGAGUGAAAAAAGAAAGAAAAGGAAAGGAUCAGGGGUUUUAGUGGAUGACAAGGGACUGAUGCGACUAGAUCCUGAAAUGGACCCAACUCUUGUUCAGAAACAUCGAGAACUUUCCGGAUUGUUGCACGCUAUGUAUUUGGAUGUAGCCUGUCGCUUUCUGUUUCCGAUUUGUUUUGGAAUUUUUAACCUAGUGUAUUGGACAAUUUAUACAUCCGAUCGUUUUGAUAGUAUCGUUUAGUGAAUAGUGAGAGACUAUAAUUGUGAUGAUAAUGAUUUCAUAACCAUGCACUCCGGCUUUUCCGAUUGCGAAUAUUUCUAUCAUUUCUUAAUGAAAAAGAACGCCAUCAGUUUCAGGACACCGAUGCCAUGUGCCGUUUACGACAUAUGAUUGACUUCACCACAAUGUCGUAAAACACGGGCUUUAAGAAUAAACACAUACUGAGCAAAGACAUAACUUUUCACUAUGUUGAUUGCUAAAUAGUUUUCCGAGUGUUUGUAUCAUCAAUCAGAUUACAUUCCAUAGAUUUUACGAUCGAUUCGUUGUCUUUCUGAAGCUCAAGCUUAAAUGUGUUGGUAAAUGAGUGUUCUACAAAUUCAAUUUUAUAUGUAAAAAAAGGUCAAUUGUUCUGUUCAUAAUUCAUGUACAUCAUAAUGAAUGGUUCUUUGCUCUUUUUUAUUUGCUUGAAUUGAUAUAUUUAUCACGUGCUUCCGUUCUGUGUCAAAUUCUGUGAUAAAAUGAGGGGAGGUAACAGAGGAACUUUCUGGACUUGGGUGAAAUUUCCUAGAAAAAUAGUAAAAGAAAUGGAACUCUCCAUACAAUAGACGUAAAGCUGCCAUUUUGACUAAUGAUUAUGAAUAUUUGAUAUGAAUAUUUGAUAUGCUCCAUGUAGAUUGAAGUGAUUUAUGAAAAUUAAAGUUAGAAUAAAGUUGUUUCAACUCUGAAUUAGCAAGAAUGAAUGGUGAAUAAAUAAUGUUUUCUUUAUUUACUGUUUUUGGCAAUAAAAGUCUUCCUGAGGAAAUUAAAUCAUUGAUUCAGUUA